AUGGCGUGGGGUUUUUCGACUUGCUAGUUAACAUUUACAUUUUUUUGAACACAGGAAGAUACAUUUAACAUAGUUAACAUUUACAUUUUUGAACACAGGAAGAUUACAUUUUUAGUUAACAUUUACAUUUUUUUUUUUACAUCGAGAAGAUAUAUGCUGGGUCAGCCGUCCGGCUAAAAACAGGAAGCGGCAAGCUAACCGAAAAAUUCGCGCAGAAGUGCGGGAUACGGCAGGGCUCAUCGCUAAGCCCCCUCCUCUUCAUCCUCUGCCUAGGAUUCGCGAUGGAGAUGACGGCGCGGGUUCUAGAGAAGCAGGGCGUUUGGAAGGAAGGGGCGGACGAGGUCGAAAAGUUGAUCCUGACCUGGAUCGGCUAUGUGGACGACAUCGCGACAAAAGCAGGGAACGAAGAACAGGCCCGGGAGGUGUUGUUGCAAUUAACGGCGGCGUGCGCGUUUGUCGGGUUGCGCAUCAACAGCGACAAGACCGAGUGCAUGACGUUCAACAUCGAGCCAAAAACGAGGGACAACGAGGAAGCACGGGAAGAAGAAUUCCUGUGGUGCGACGAGACAGGGCAAGAGCGUGGAGGCUGGAUGGUAGAAUGGGACGGAGCGGACCUACGGGAAGACACGAGAAGAGCAGCAAGAAAAGCAACGAAAUUCGAUGACAGGGGACUACGAGUGACGCACCUGCUGAUGUGGAACGACGGAAGCUCAUCGCGAUGCCACUACAAAGGCAAUGGUGGAUGGGCGGUGGUGCAGAGAGGAAAGAAGCAGGAAAGCAUCAGGUUGGUGCGGCUCGGCGAUGUGAAGUUUGUUUUGGAAGAUAAGAACAAAUUUCAGUGCAGCAGAUGUGGAGACUAUCUUCCAGACCAAAGAGCCUUGGUGUCACACCAGGCCACGGGCUUCUGCAGGCCGAAGAAGACGACACAGGAACGAAGGACGCUGCGAGUGGGGCGGCAAGUGGAGGAAAAACAGAAAGCCGAAAGGGCAAGAAGGGUGGUGCCAGCCACGUUGCAAACUUUCGACGGUAGCCCCAUCAAAACGUCGGGCGUUUUUAAGUAUCUGGGGUCGCAGGUGGACAGCAGCGCAAGCAUGUCCACCGAAAUCAACCGGAGAACCGGGAUCGCGCGCACGGUAGUAGUGUCCCUCCGGGACAUAUGGCGAGACAACGAACUUCCCCGGCGGUUGAAGGCGACGCUAUACCAGACCCUGGUGAAUUCGGUCGCCUUAUAUAAUGCGGAGCUCUGGGCACCGAAGGAGAGCGACAUGAAGACGCUGCGCUGGUUUCAGCACACGACGCUGCGAACCGUCGCCGGGGAAAAACGCGAAUGGCAAAUGGAUUUGGAAGAAGAAACGGAAGAGCGGGAGUACGCUAGUAGGCAAGAACUAUGUCGAACCACAGGGAUCCCACCUAUAGAGACGAUGCUACGAGAGAAGCGCAUUGUGUGGGCAACACACACAGCCCGCAACCCCGGGGAGGCCUGCCACUUUUCGGUGAAGGCGGAGAUCCGGGCGGGCUCAAGGUGGGGGAGGAUGGUCGCGGCAGACAUGGAGAUGGUAGGCAUGGACGUGCAGGAGACGAUGAAAGCGCCGCCGGAUGCGAAAACAGUAAAGGCCCAGCUACUGGCGAAGCGGCCAACAAAACCGCUGGCGAAAGAAGGCAGGAAAGAAACGAAGAGAGGAAAAACAAAAGCCUGCGCAGAGAAGACGCAGCGCCAGCGGGAAAACAUCCGGAAACAAGCGGAGGAACAAGACCAGCAGCGCGCGCAAUUCUGUGCGCAAAUCAGCGGAAGACGUUGGGUAAGAGUUCCCGACGGAGACGGAAGAACCUACGAAACGGAAGAAGAGAACCCGGUGCGUUCCAGAUACAAUGGGAGGCCUUUUGCGAAAACUCAGGCAAGGAAGAGGCGUGGGUAGCAGGCCUACUAUUCACAAAAGAGGAGGGAGAGUUGUGGGCUGCCGCUUGAGGCGAGACAGUCGAUGUCUCGAGGAAAGAAUCGCUUGUGUGUACAUCCGAGAAAAGAAGACUUGAUGAAAGAAAAGAAACAAAUUUUAAACCCGGAUAAACACGUAAUGAGUGAGUGAGUGAGUUGAACACAGGCGACCCGUCAGAUACUUAUUGUGUGCACAGCGAGGUGGUAGACCUGGACCCCCGCCCCGCGGCGGGCUCAUGAUGUCUGUCGUACUACAGUGUUUCCGCGUCUGUCGGGCUCAUGAUGUCUGUCGACCCCUUUUUUGUUUCCGCGUCUGUCGUACUACAGUGUACGACGGCGUGAGAUGAGCCAGCCGCGGGUUUAUGUGGUGCAAAAAUGAUGAGCCAGCUCUUCCUCUUUCGACUAUGAUGACCCAUUAAAUUACUUUACUUCCAUCAUCUACUUAUCGGGUAAAACUCCUUUGCUGCGACGCAAGCCUUAACAAUUUUUUAUAGUGCAUCAAUAACAAAAUGCCCGAACAAUAGAUAAACCAUGAAAAACGUUUCGGCCAUUGAAAAUAUAGUGAUAUGCUGCUGGACAUGAGUUUUGACAGACUUACACUGCGCCCGCUCGACUACUGGACCAGGCCUAACAUAGGAGAGCUGUGCUUUCUUCGCCGCUAGACCGAUGAUUGCGACCGCGCCGCGGUGUUAUGUGUUGAGGCUGCACGACUCGUAGCACUUCGAGCUCUGGCAGCUUCGCUGUAUGUCAUAGCGCUUUAUAUUUCAAGAAAGGCGACGAAGACAACACGUCAGCAGCCGUACUCACGAGGGUGGGCGAGUUCUUUUUGACAAGAUGGCGAAGAAAUGUUGAUGGGAAAACAAGUAGGUAAAAAUUAUGCUUCACAGCCACUGCUGCAGCUAAGAUGUCAAUGUCUCACUGCUGCUAGUACUUACAAUUUGUGAUCAUGAUGCCCUGGAGGUGUAUCCAUUGCAAACGUGUCUGGAUGGUCCUCGGGAAGAGUGCAGAUGUUUGUCAUGCACAUUUUGAUGCAUGACGCAUGGUGUUGGUGUCUGUGAUGUUGUGUGUCCUAGCAUGCAUGAUCACGGGUUAUUCUCACAGUUCUUCUUGAUGACUCUCUUGGGUAGUGUCGUGGCCUCGGUACGCCACUACAAGUUGGCGCACCGAGGCUAGAAGAAGUUUCUUCAGGGCGCACAUACGAAAUGGCGCACCGAGGCCAAAAAUGCAAGUUUUUCGGAAUUGCCGCCUCGGUGCGCCGAGGCUCACCGAGGCUGACGGCCUCGGUGCGCCAACUUGUAGUCACGAACGAAGCAGCAGACGGGCGGAACACAGGGGGGGGGGCGUCGGCUAAGUCGCGAGACCACGCGCGCGUGCCUUGUUGGCGGGUAGAAAAACAAAGCCCGGACCUUGGCCCGCGUUCGAGGGCAAAGUAAAAAACGCAGCAGGCGAAGGCGCCCGCGUCACCAGGGACAGGCGUGCGAAACUAGUCUGGGGCCACCGACUUGCGCGGCGCGUCGCGCAUGCGAUGGGCAAAGGCGCGCGCGGGCGUACAUCAUGCGGGCGCGAGGAAUGACAGAAGCAAGUACACAGCGAAGGCGCAUAAUGUCUCAAAGGCGGGCGCUUCCCAGCGAAGUUUUUGCGCGCCGCCUCGGUGCGCCAAAAUGUAUUGUGAAGGCGCGCCGCUACCAUACGAAUUUUGUAGGUGGGCAAAAAGACAUACUUUGGCGGGCUCGGUGCUGCCAUACGUUACAAACCGCACCAGGCUCGGUGCUGCUUUUUGGCGGGUUUUCCCGAUGACAAAAGCGCGCAAAUUGUAACGCCCCACAUACGAUUUGGCGUGCCGAGUCGUAUGUGCGUACCUAGGCCACGUCAUGCAUGAUCGCGGGCUAUUCUCACAGUUCUUCUUGAUGACUCUCCCGCAUGAGAAAUGCUCUCUUCGCGCAGUAAAGACUGGACUACGACUACUCUUUGUGCGCAGGAGGCAAUGAAAUUAAGUACCAAAAAGCAGCAUUGCAAGCUGCACACCUCCAGCAGAGACAUCCACCCAGACACAUUUGUGAUGCAUAACACGUCGGAUCAAGGCCACGAAUCCUGCAACGGACGUCGUGCCGCGCAGCGCACUUCGAGAGCCCCGGGAGAAUGAUCUGCAGUCUGUUCUACUAACUAGGUAUAAUGGCAGUAGAAGUAGUAGACAGUACACUCUUAAUGACAAGUAGUGACCACUAGCAGCAGGCGCGAGCAGUAAGAAGCGCGAUCUAGUUUCAUCGGAACGGUACAGAAUAAUACCGCUUUGAAUCAACAUGGUCGUGCUUGCGCGGUCAGUACUAAAACUUGCAAUUUCAUCACCCGGCGUGAGGCGGACACUCUGACGAGAUAACAACGGCUUUAGCCUUUUUUUGAUUUUAUGUAGCUAG